UACACCUCGAGAAGCAUACACCUCCAAUUGACUCAAUCGCACCGAGAACGAGUAGGAUAGACCAGCAUGAAGCUCUUUGCGAUUCCAGUAACAAAACGGCAUACACUCAUUUACGCACACCGCCUCACAUCUCCCGAUCCGAAGACCCUGAAGACCUGGGAGGUAUGGCAUGAUAAGGUCACCGGAAAGGCUGCAAAGAUGUGGAUCGAAUGGGGUAAGGACAAGGAUUCUACAUGGAAUUGGAAGCAUCGGACCGUGACAAUCGGAAAUAAGAUCCUGGACAACAUCCCCUAUACAGAGUACUCCCUAAGAACCAUCCCCGCCCGUCCACGCAAUCUUUCAAACACCUCAACUCCAAUACUCUAUCCGCCCUCUUUGCUCAAACCUCACCACAUCUCCCCCCUCGCCACCUCAACUCUCCUCUCCCUCCUCCCCUACCACCGAAAAUGGAUGUGGCUAAACGUCGUCCUCUCACCCCUCACGGCUCCCUUCGCUCUCCUUCCCGUCGUUCCAAAUAUUCCAUUCUUUGUGAUGGCGUUUCGGGCAUGGAGUCAUUGGAAAGCCAUGGUUGGCGGGAAGCAUCUGAGGGCGUUGGUGGAGAACGGAGAGUUAAAGCCUACGCCGGUGAAGGAGUUAGAGGAGUAUUAUAAGGAAGUGGCGAAGGAGCCGUUGCCGGAUAAGUUCUGGGAAACGAGUAAUGGGGUGAAUGAGGAUUUGGAGAUCAUCCUUGACGAAGCCCGUAUCCCUGAACUCUCCGACACUCUCGGAUGUCCCGAAAUCGCGCCAGAGCUCUACCGGAUGAUAACCCAGCUCCGGAAAGAACGCGACAGGAAGAUCGUCGAAAUCGAGGGAACGAAUGCCGAUAAGGGUGUGAUUACGGAAAUUAAGGAAGAGGUCGAUAAGAGGGUUGCGAAUGGGGAGAAUAAGACUGAGGCUGUUGUGGAUGAGGUUGCGGAGAAGCACUUUUCGAGUGGGAUGGAGAAGGCGGAGAAGGAGAAGAAGGAAAAGCAGCUGUGAUGAUGGUGAUGGCCGUGUUAGGAGUUUGGUUUU